CUUCCUCUCCACGCCACUGCUCCCAUGGAGCUCUCCAUGAGCGGCAACUCCCUCAAGACCUUCUCCCGCUCCAUCAUCUCUCUUUCCCGCAUCGGCUCCGAGCUCGUCCUCCAUGGCUCCUCUUCCCAGCUGCUUCUCCACUGCCUCAACACCUCCCGCUCUGCGUACCAAUCCAUCUCCUUCACUCCCUCCUUCUUCGACUCCUACUCCAUCUCCUCAUCCGGCGUCGGCAACGAUGUCCACUGCGGCGUUCUCCUCAAGUCCGUAUGCGCUGUCCUCCGCACCCCGCCCUCCGCCAUCGACCGCCUCUCCAUUCGCCUCCCCUCUGACGCCAUCAAGCUCCACUUCUCCCUCCGUUGCCUCAAUGGCAUUACCAAGACCUAUUGCCUCUCCUGCAACGCUGAUCCUGACGUCCAGCACCUCUCCAUUGAUAAAUCCCGGUUCCCUAGCUUGAUUACUGUUCGUCCCCGUGAUUUGACGAGGUUGCUAGCGAACUUCCAGUCUUCUUUGCAUGAGAUUACGGUUAUUGCCACGGAGCAGUCUGCUAGGGCAGAUGAUUAUGGAGGGGAGAUUGGAGGGAAGGCGGUUGAGCUUCGGAGUUAUAUUGAUCCGACUAAAGAUGAUGGUGAUAUGGCGUUGCAUACGCAGCUCUGGAUUGAUCCUGCGGAGGAGUUCUUACAGUAUACCCAUGCUGGGGAUCCAGUAGAUGUGACAUUUGGGGUGAAGGAAUUAAAGGCAUUUCUUUCAUUUUGUGAAGGAUGUGAAGCUGAUAUUCAAAUAUUUUUUGAGAAAGCUGGCGAACCUAUUUUAAUGGCGCCACGAUUUGGGUUUGAUGGUGCAUCCAAUUCAGACUUUGAUGCGACACUUGUUCUUGCUUCCAUGCUUGUAUCACAACUUAAUGAUGAAACAACAGACCACCAUCCAGCUAUGGCAUCAAAUGACCAGGGUGCCUGUGGAAUGGGUACUGAACAAGAACCUGCUAGAGCUCCUUCACCAGUUUCUGAUCGUCCUUCAAACCACACCAAGAUUUGGUCUGAUCUUACAGCAGGAAGUGCAGCCAAAAGUUCAGACGGUACAAGAGAAAGGCACAUUCAGACAGAAGGGAAUCCAAGUUCUACGCUGCAAAAUAACAUGCAAAACCUUAAUGCUGUGGGCACUUCAAAAACACCUCCUGCUAGAGAGAAUUUUACUGAUUUACGGCAAGCAAUGGAAACUGUUAAUGUAAAUCCAGAUGAGCCAGAAGAUAACAGGAAUUAUCAAACACAGCACCAUCCAAGUAAUUGGGUUGGUGGUGAUGAUGAUGAGGAGGAGGAGGAUGAAGUUUAUGUGCAGUCCACACCUCACUUUUAUGACUAGUAGCAGCAAAAUCCAAGAUCGACUAUAUGCAUGUUUGUUGUUUUCCAGUAACAAUCUUUCCAGCAUGGCUUGGUGGAGUUUGGUGCUGCAUUGAUUUACCCACCCAUUUAUUUGAUGCCGUUAUUUUCUGUUUUCUUUCUUGGCAGGGGUUGGUUUGAAAGAUUCAGUUGGAGGGGAGCUGUUGGCUGUUGCUGACUCAGUUCAAUUUCCAGCUGAAAAAUGGACCCAAAAACUUCCAGCCCUGCUCCGGCUCCAUUUCUUAUGAGAUUUAAGCUAUUGAAUUUUAUCAAAUCCGGCAUAUCUGGAUGUCUUCCUUGUCUUCUAGCUCAUGCAUAAUGACAUUUGGUGACCAAGAAACUGAAAGAAAAACAAGUCUCCAUGGAAGAACCAGCUGGAAAUAUAUGUUCAUAAUCAGUAUGGGCAUCAUGGCAAUGGCAGAGUGUGAGGAGUUUGGGUUGAGUUCUAGGGAGAUAUACCGCAGGAUUUUAGCAGUGGGUAAUCACAUUAGUUAUGGCGCUUUAGAGCCCGACACGACGCCGUGCUCCCAGCCCGGGGCGUCUUACUACAACUGCCGUGCUGGGGCUGAGGCCAACCCUUACCGUCGUGGUUGCAACGCCCUCACACAAUGCCGCAGUUGAGAUAAGCCACAUGGCGGAGUGUGUGCACCAUCAAAAAUUGAUCAUCCGAUUUAUGCGCACUCAUCUGGCCGACACGGGAAUUGGGUUGUAAGUCUGUUUUCAUAGUUGAGGAUUUUUUUUGGUAACGCUGUAUUCGGUGUAUUUUGAAUUAUAAAUAAUGAAAGUCUUUAUAUGACACUUUUUAUGGGGCAGUACCAUUAGACUACAGACACUCUGGUUAUGAAUCUAUUUUGUUAGUUGCAAAAACAAACCUGAUGUAUAAAUGGGUUGUUAAGACAAUGUAGUAAUUCUA